AAUGUGUCAAAUUGAGAAGCAUUUCUAUGGGAAAGUGCUUCGCUUGUCUUAUUUAACGCAAAUUUAACCGGCAGCAAAUCAUUUAUUGGUGUAACUUGCAAAUUAAAAUUGAGGUUUAUCAUUCGAUUAUAGUGACGACCUUGUUUUGUGAAAUCAAAUCAUCGACAAACUUAUUGAAUUUUUGGGAACUUUAAAACGAUUUAAAACGCAACUUGAACAUGGAUUCAGAUCUCUAUGAUGAAUUUGGUAAUUACAUUGGGCCAGAUUUAGAAAGUGAUGACGAUGAUGAUCAGAGCAUCUACGGUCAAGAGGUGCCGGAUGAUAUCGAUGAUGAUGCCAUGGACGAAGAUGAGGACAAUACUGUUGACGAUGAAAAAGCGUCGCGAGCCGUUGUUUUGCACGAAGAUAAAAAGUAUUAUCCAACGGCAUUAGAAGUAUAUGGUCCGGAUGUUGAGACAAUUGUUCAAGAGGAAGAUGCACAGCCAUUGGAUAAACCGCUCAUUGAGCCCGUUAAAAGGAUGAAAUUCCAACUUAAAGAGCAAAAUCUACCAGACACAUCAUAUGAAAUGGAAUUUUUGGCUGAUUUGAUGGAUACACCAACAUUGAUUCGAAAUGUUGCAUUGGUUGGACAUUUGCAUCAUGGUAAAACCACAUUUGUCGAUUGUCUCAUUCGUCAAACACAUCCACAAUUCGAAACAAACGAAGAACGAGCAUUGAGAUAUACAGAUACAUUGUUCACCGAACAAGAACGUGGCGUAAGCAUCAAAUCAACACCAGUUACUUUGGUAUUGCCGGACAUUAAGCAGAAAAGUUAUUUGAUGAACAUUUUUGAUACGCCUGGCCAUGUGAAUUUCAGCGAUGAGGUCACCGCUUCGAUGCGACUCACCGAUGGUAUUGUGCUAUUUGUUGAUGCAGCCGAAGGUGUUAUGCUUAACACCGAACGUUUAUUGAAACAUGCCGUUCAAGAAAAGCAAGCAAUUACACUUUGCAUCAAUAAGAUUGAUCGCUUGAUUUUGGAAUUGAAACUACCACCACAAGAUGCAUACUUCAAGCUAAAACACAUUAUUGAAGAAGUGAAUAGUAUUCUAAGCGCCUAUGCAACGGAAGAGAAUCCAAGGAUCAUGUCACCGGUUUUGGGCAAUGUUUGCUUUGCAAGUUCAUUGUAUGGCAUUUGCUUUACAUUGAAAUCGUUUGCAAAGUUAUAUUCGGACACCUAUCCAUCUGUGAAUCAUGUUGAUUUUGCUAAACGCUUGUGGGGCGAUGUGUACUUCCAACCAAAAACGCGUAAAUUCACCAAGAAACCACCGCACAAUUCGGCUCAACGCAGUUUUGUUGAAUUUAUUCUCGAGCCAUUGUACAAGUUACUAGCUCAAGUUGUGGGCGACGUGGACUCAUCAUUGGCCGAUACAUUGGCCGAAUUGGAAAUUCGUGUGACAAAAGAAGAAAUGAAAUGCAACAUUCGGCCAUUGCUACGUUUGAUUUGUAAUCGAUUCCUUGGCGAUUUCAGUGGAUUUGUUCAAAUGUGUGUGGAGCACAUAGAGUCACCGCUGGAUAAUGCUAGAAAUAAAGUCGAUCACAUGUAUACAGGACCCAAAUACGGCACCAUUUACGAUAAUAUGGUCAACUGUGAUCAAAAUGGUGCGUUAAUGGUUCACAGCUCAAAAAUGUAUCCAACGGAUGAUUGUACUUUCUUUCAAGUUUUGGCACGUGUUAUGAGUGGAACACUUUAUGCCGGUCAGGAGGUUCGAGUUUUGGGUGAAAAUUAUUCGUUAUUAGAUGAAGAAGAUUCACGAGUAUUGCAAGUUGGCCGUCUAUGGAUUUAUGAAGCUCGUUACAAAAUCGAAUUGAAUCGUGUGCCCGUUGGAAAUUGGGUAUUGAUUGAAGGUAUCGACCAAUGUAUUGUAAAAACAUCGACCAUCACCGAAGCACAAAACAAUGAAGAACUGUACAUUUUCCGGCCGCUAAAAUUCAAUACACAAAGUAUCAUUAAAAUAGCCGUCGAACCAGUCAAUCCAUCUGAAUUGCCAAAAAUGUUGGACGGUCUUCGUAAAGUCAAUAAAUCAUAUCCACUUUUGUCGACACGUGUUGAAGAGUCUGGUGAGCAUGUUAUACUCGGAACGGGUGAACUUUAUUUGGAUUGUGUAAUGCAUGAUUUGCGUAAAAUGUAUUCGGAAAUUGAUAUCAAAGUUGCCGAUCCGGUGGUUGCAUUCUGUGAAACGGUCGUCGAAACCAGUUCAUUGAAAUGUUUUGCCGAAACGCCAAAUAAAAAGAAUAAAAUCACAAUGAUUUCAGAGCCACUGGAAAAGGGUUUGGCUGAAGACAUUGAAAAUGAAGUUGUCUCAAUAGGUUGGAAUAAAAAACGAUUGGGUGAAUUUUUUCAAGUUAAUUAUGAUUGGGAUUUGCUUGCGGCGCGUUCCAUUUGGGCAUUUGGUCCGGAUAAUGCUGGACCAAAUAUUUUGGUUGAUGAUACAUUACCGUCUGAAGUUGAUAAAAAUCUAUUGGGAGCCGUUAAGGAUUCGAUUGUACAAGGUUUUCAAUGGGGAACACGUGAGGGUCCAUUGUGCGAAGAACCAAUUCGAAAUGUAAAAUUUAAGAUUUUGGAUGCGGUCAUUGCAAAUGAACCACUGCAUCGUGGUGGCGGUCAGGUCAUUCCAACAGCUCGUCGUGUUGCCUAUUCGGCUUUCCUUAUGGCCACCCCCAGACUGAUGGAACCAUAUUUGUUCGUAGAGAUACAAGCACCAGCCGAUUGUGUUCCAGCUGUAUACACUGUUUUGGGACUUCGCAGAGGUCAUGUUACACAAGAUGCACCCAUUUCCGGUUCACCAUUGUACACAAUUAAAGCAUUCAUUCCCGCCAUCGAUUCAUUCGGUUUCGAAACCGAUCUUCGAACACACACUCAAGGACAAGCAUUCUGUUCGUCUGUGUUCCAUCAUUGGCAGAUUGUGCCCGGUGAUCCAUUGGAUAAGAGUAUAAUUAUUCGACCGCUUGAAAAACAGGCAGCCACACAUUUGGCACGAGAAUUUAUGAUUAAAACACGACGACGAAAAGGAUUGUCAGAAGAUGUGUCCAUUAAUAAAUUCUUCGACGAUCCUAUGUUGCUUGAAUUGGCCAGACAAGAUGUUCUACUCAAUUAUCCGUUAUAAUAUGUUUUUCAUACAUUUAAGGAGAUGAUGAAGAUCGAUUAAAUUUAACCAAAUAAAAAAAAUUGAA